UCUGUUCAGAUUAAAUAUUAAAAAACGAUAAGGGUGUUUAUAACGGGCCAAAGGCUGCAAAUACAGGAACGUCUACCAACGAGAACAGAACAGUGUCAGAAAAAGGAAAAUAAAAGCAAGACAGAACAAGCUUUACUGCAAAUAUGAGAAAAGUCUUGGACAUUCAGCGUUGUGAUCUGAACAUUGAGAACAACAACCGCAGCCAUCACACGGAGCUGAAUGGAGUGGAGCGACUGAUCGUCAGGAGGGGCCAAACCUUCACCAUCAUUUUGUACCUAAAACCUGACAGCCCAGAGUUUAGAAUUGGCCGGACAAAACUUACUCUCAUCGCUGAAACUGGACCUUCACCCAGAAGGCAAUCAGACACAAAGGUUUCCUUCAGUGUUGGUGACUCCACAGUGGACACUGAAUGGAGUGCUUCUGCCAUAACUGAUCCCAGUGGAAAUACAGUGUCUGUGUGCAUCAAUUCCUCCCCUGAUAGUCCUAUAGGACUUUAUUCUUUGACCCUCACCCAGGGAAAACAGGAGACCAAUUUGGGACAGUUUGUUUUGCUCUUUAAUGCAUGGUGUUCCAAUGAUGCUGUCUACAUGCGCAAUGAGAAGAAACGGCAAGAGUACGUCUUGGCCCAGACAGGGCAGGUCUACAGGGGAACACACAAACGUAUCAGAGGAAAACCCUGGAACUUUGCACAGUUUGAACCAGGAAUCCUGGACAUAUGCCUGAAGAUUCUGGAUGAGAAUCCCAAAUUUCUGUCAAAUGCUGACAAAGACUGCUCUGAAAGGAAGAAUCCAGUCUAUGUGACCAGAGUGUUGAGCGCCAUGAUCAACAGUAAUGAUGACAAUGGUGUGCUGGUGGGAAAUUGGGGAGAGAUAUCAGAUGAUGGAGUUCAUCCUGGAGAAUGGAUCGGCAGUGAGGACAUUUUGCGCCAGUGGGCAGAAAGUGGUCCCGUCCGCUAUGGACAAUGUUGGGUAUUUGCUGCCGUUGCAUGCACAGUGUCCCGAGCUCUGGGCAUCCCAUGUCGUGUGGUCACUAACUUUGGAUCAGCUCAUGACGUUGAUGCCAACUUACUGAUAGAAUUUGUCUUCAAUACUGAUGGAGAAUUGAUUUCUGAUGAUUCAAUAUGGAAUUUUCAUGUUUGGGUGGAAAGCUGGAUGACACGUCCAGACCUGGGCAUUAAGUAUGAUGGGUGGCAGAUCAGUGACCCCACGCCACAGGAAACAAGCAAUGGUGUUUUCUGCUGUGGACCGGCCUCACUGACCGCCACCAAGGAAGGAGAACUGACCACAGUGUAUGACACUCCCUUUGUUUUUGCUGAGGUUAAUGCAGAUGUGGUGACAAAGCUGCAGCUGUCAACCGGGAAGAUUUUGACUGUCCGUGAGUCCACUUCAUCAGUAGGACGUUCUAUCAGCACCAAAGCUGUGGGCUCAGACGAAAGACGUGACAUCACACAUAAGUACAAGUAUCCAGAAGGCUCAAAAAAGGAAAGGCAGGUGUACGAGAAGGCCCAGCACCACAACAAGCUACAGCAGAGAGGGGAAAAACCUGGACUCAACCUCAAAAUCAAGCUUAUUGACAACAUGGUCAUGGGAUCAGACUUUGACGUCUAUGCUCUGCUUAAAAAUAACAGCAUGGAGUCCAAAACCUGCAAUGUAAAGAUCUUCGCCAAAGCUGUGCAAUACAAUGGCAAACGAGGAAAGCCCUGUGGAUACGCUUCAGGCAAACUAGAGGUGCCACCUGGAGAAGAAAGACGCCUUCCCCUCAGACUGAUGUAUGACACCUAUGGUCCAGUGAUCACAUCAGACCUGAUGAUCCAGGUGUCCAGCAUCACCUUUGAUGAAUCAUCCAACUACCACAGGGCAGAAAAGACCAUCGUACUGGACGAGCCAGAAGUAGAGAUCAAGCUGAUGGGACGGGCCAGAGUGAAUAAGCCAGUGACUGCAGAGCUGAGAAUAAAAAAUACUUUACCAGAGCCACUGAAGAACUGCAGCUUCACUGUAGGGGGCAGGAGGCUUGCAUGUAGGAGAUCCAGUUCAGUGAUGUAUGUCCUGUCUGUCCACAUCCAAUCGCGUUGGAGAUGUGGGUGCAAACAAGGAAGCCAAAGGCAGGGUUGUGUUCAGACCCACCAUCGCUGGCCCCACUGUGCUGACGGUGAAAUUUAAUAGUAACAAACUGAGGAACAUCAAGGGCUCAGUCAAGGUAGACGUGACGUACUGAGUCCGUCUGAGUGUCAGACUGUGACAACUACUUUUUGUGAGCUAUUUGGUGUGUGUGUGAAGCAAAGUUUUUAUUUUAUUAUAUUUACUAUUAGUGUGUGUUCAUAAACCAGUAAGUGAGAUGUUCGUGGUUGUCUGCCUUAUAUAUUGUUCCCUAUCUGGCAGUUAUGUUGACCCAGAAACACACAGACAUUAACGGCUACAAUUUAGAGUGUAAUACUCCAAUAAAGGAUUAAAAAGAAACACCUGUACACUCUGACUGAUGCCCCCAGUGGCCACACGCUAUAAAUGCCAAUAAAUUAUACAGUCCUUUCCACUACAACACCCCUGGCCGGUGGGGGAGCUGUAUUGUUUUUGUUUUUACUUUUGUACACCAUGUUCAGCACUAGUAUUGUGCUGAUGCUUUAUUUUUAGAUGUGUAGUAAUGUGUUAUAAUCAAUAAAAACUAUGAGUUAUACCUUGGCUGUUUAUAUGGACAUGCAACUACAGUAAAAUAAUAAUCUUUAAUCAAA